UCGAGUUCUCAUGAAUUCUCCCAGCAACCGCUGCUCUUCCUCUUCCCGUAAGCGGCGCGAGGUGAUCUCUGAAAAUGGUUCGCUACUCACUUGACCCUGAAAACCCCACAAAAUCAUGCAAAUCAAGAGGUUCAAAUCUUCGUGUUCACUUUAAGAACACCCGAGAAACUGCUCAGGCCAUCAAGGGUAUGCAUAUUCGAAAAGCCACCAAGUAUCUGAAAGAUGUCACAUUACAGAAGCAGUGUGUGCCAUUCCGUCGUUACAACGGUGGUGUUGGUAGGUGUGCCCAGGCCAAACAGUGGGGCUGGACGCAGGGUCGAUGGCCCAAAAAGAGUGCUGAAUUUUUGUUACACAUGCUUAAAAAUGCAGAAAGUAAUGCUGAACUUAAGGGUUUAGAUGUAGAUUCUCUGGUCAUUGAGCACAUCCAGGUGAACAAAGCCCCCAAGAUGCGCCGCCGGACUUACAGAGCUCAUGGUCGGAUUAACCCAUACAUGAGUUCCCCCUGCCACAUUGAGAUGAUCCUUACUGAGAAAGAACAGAUUGUUCCUAAACCAGAAGAAGAGGUUGCACAGAAGAAAAAGAUAUCCCAGAAGAAACUGAAGAAACAAAAACUUAUGGCUCGGGAAUAAAUUCAUCAUAAAUUAAAUGCAAAUUAAAGCA